GGAUAGGUGAAUGUAUCUCACUUAUUUGAUUGGGUUUUGGGGGAAAUAAUUCUGGACAGGGAAAGGGUUAAAUGAGGGAGAUGGGCUGGCUGUUUUAGAGGCAUUUCUUAGGCAGGAUAUGGGGGAGACAAAGGAGGGUGGAUUGGUGUGGGUGUGGGUCAAUGUGUCUUGGAUUUUUGUGGCUGUUUAUUUAGCCUAGUUGAGGGACACAAUGGGGGGUUUUUGACAGGUUAUUUUCGGCCAGUAUAUGGGGGUAAGGGAGUGCUUAUUUAGGCUAUUAUUAGGAGUGGUUUUGGCCUUAAGGGUGUAAAUUUAAUGGAAGGACAAUUGUGGGGUUCAAAGGGUGUGGUGGUGUGUUGGGUUGUGAGGUAUAUUUGGCCAGGGAAUGAAAGGAAGGGAGAGAAGGUUUUAUUUGUUUAUUAAAAGACUUAAAAGAAGGAAAAUAACAACAAACAAAAGGUUUUAUUUUACACACUCUUAUUUUUGGUCCUGGGCUAAAAUAAGAGUAGGAAAAACUUUAUUUUGGAUAUCAAAAGGAAAUAAAAUACUUUUGGAUAUUUGGGAGGGGUUGGGAUUUUGGUGGAGCUAUCCAGGGUGGUAUUGUUCAAUGGAUGGUGAAAUUACAAGGAAGAGUUGAAUGCUCAGCUGCAAUUGUUUGUGAUUUUUCUCAGGUUGUUGUUGGCUGUUAUGAGGGAAAUAUUUAUUUUCUUAGUUUUUCAAAUGGCAGCACACUUUGGAGUUACAGAACACAUGGAGAGGUCAAAGCACAGCCAGUGGAAGACAAAUCCAAGCACCUGGUCUGGUGAGAUUUCAUUCCGUUCCUAUAUCAUUGCUAUUGUAAAGUCAUUGUCUACUGCAACUCUAUCCCUUCUUCGCACUCUUAAUAGUGGACCCUCAUUGACUAAUUCUGAAAAUUUUCCUUAAAGGAGAAGUUGGUUUUCUGGUUCUAUGUAUUGCUCAGUUGGAAUAAUCAUCUUUACUUGGAUCUACUGGUGUUUAUGCAGGAGUUGAAUAUACUAGAUUUGUUUGAUUUGGUUUGGUUAAUUAGGUUUACUAUGAAGAGCAACUAAUGGAUUAAGAUUGUCUUUUUCUGAUGCUCUACACCUGAAAUCUGAUUCUGUUCACUCUGCACGUGUGUGUGUGUGUGACAGUGUGUGUUUUGUGUUUUUUUAAAGGUUCAAUGGCCUAUUAGCCAAUGGAUAUAGAAUACUUUUACGAUAAGACUCUACUCUUUCUUUGAGUUUCUUUCUGAUACAUUUAAUCCAGAAGCAAGAAGCAUUACAGUAUAUUCAGCAUUUCUUGGAAAUAACAAAGGGUAGAUGCACGGCAGCUCUGGUGUAAGCACCUAGCUGAUGGUUUGUUGACAUGAAUGUUGAUUCUUAUUUCACCCUUAUGAUUUCAACUCUAUUUUAGCUUUGGGUCAGAAAAUCUAUGUUCAAAACCUUGUGUUUACAGGUCAGGUCAUUUUUUCAGGUAUAAUAAUGCAGUACUAUGACUAUCACAUGAUAGUAAAGUGUCAAAUACUCUUUACAAUAACCCAUACAUACACUAGUAUACAAUACUCCAUCAUUAAAUUGAAGUGUGGAAAAGUGAACAGCUUAUGCUGCUAUGGAAUUCUAUCUUUAACCUCUUGAGUGUCUGUAUGCUGCCUUCAACUACUGUCCACUUCCAAUGUGCUUCCCUUUAUACAAAGUCUACAGAUAAUACUAGAGAUUGAGAUCUCAGUUUAUUUUACUCACAAAAUGAGAUGGUGCCUUCAGUUUGCUGCCAAAACUUUUGCUUUACUUUUCCACGAAAUGUACUGUAUGUGUGUUUAUAAUUUGACAUUUAUUAAUUUAUUCCGAGUUCUGACAAAUUCAAGAAGGUAAUAUACACUCAUGCUCUCAUAUUCUAUUUUCUCUCUGCAUUUCAUGUCCUCUUACCUGACUAAAUAAUUUUAUUCAGGUGUGGGUCUCAUGAUCACAACCUCUAUGCCCUGGACUACAAAAACUAUAGCUGCGUUUUCAAAUUAUCUUGUGGUGGAAGCAUAUUUGGCUCACCUGCAAUUGAUGAGAUGCAAGAAAAACUUUAUGUGGCAUCAACAAGUGGGCGGCUAACAGCAGCAUCUACUGAGAUUCAACUGUCUCAUGUACUAUGGGUAAAAGAUCUGGGAGCCCCUGUUUUUGGGCCGCUCUCCAUGAAUUCUACUUAUGAGAUAGUGAUUUGCUGUCUUGUUGAUGGAAGUGUUCUUGCGUUGGAUGUGACUGGGGCAAUUGUUUGGAAGGGAAGAACAGGUGGCCCGAUAUUUGCAGGACCAUGCAUGUCACCUACAUUGCCAUCUCAGGUGCUUGUUUGUUCAAGAGAUGGCUGCAUCUAUUCAUUUGACCUGGGAAACGGGAAAUUAAUCUGGAAACACAGUGUCGGAGAUCCCAUCACUGCAUCUGCAUACAUCGAUGAAAACUUGAUUUUGGCUCACGAUCACCACCCUCUACCCCAGAGGCUCAUCUGUUUAUGCACCAGUUCUGGAAGCAUUCAUGUGCUUCAAGUCAACUCUGAUCAUCAUAAUGAAGCAGCAACGCAUUCAUCGUCCGAGGAAGGUGUGAUGAUGGUACAGGAAACCAUUAAGUUUGAUCUUGGAGGCGAAAUCUUUUCGUCCCCUGUGAUGAUCGGCGGAAGCAUAUUUGUUGGAGCCCGGGAUGAUUACUUGCACUGCUUAAAGCUGGAUUUACAGGUUCUAACUUAAAACUUAAACUCAAUCAUAUGUCUUAGGCAUUAUCAUAUGCACUCAUGGUAACACCAAUUAUGCCUCUUUUUAUUUUUUAACAUUUUUUUAGAAUUCUGUGAAAGUCAAACAAGUUUUUUUGUGAGACCGAAGGAGUAACCUACGGUCACCACUUUUCGACCAACUUUUGUUUUCUUCAUGACGAGACGAGCCAAGAAAGGCCUUCUACAACAAUACUCGGUAUAUUAUGUAAUAUACGCCCUUUUCAUAUUUGACCUUGAGUAAUUAAUAAUAUUAUUUGUAAUGU